AUGUGCAUCGAAAUCCAUCCACGCCGCGAGGCGUACGGGGCCCAACAGCCAGAACUACCACGGCAGCCUCGCAGGAGCACGUCUGCUCCUCCUGAACCACGCUCUCACCUCGGCUAUUCGCGCCCGCCGUCGACCCACGGUCCAGACGGAAGCCUCCUAGUCCACCCCGUCCGUCGCCUCCGGCUCAAACCCGAGACAUACGGCCGUGGCAUAGUCCCCGUCGUGGCUGAUCGAGACCGCGGCGGUCUGCUCGGGCUCGCCUUCCCUCUCGCCCCGGAUGACGGCCACGGGCGGCCCGCUGCCGUUGGCGUUCUUCUCCCUGCCCGCCUCCAGGGCCCGCCUGACGAUGGUGAUGUCGUGGAACGAGAGCUUCCUAAAGGGGUGUGCCUUGAACGCGGCUUCUUUCGCGGCGAACCUGGCUUCCUCGUCAGUCCCGAGGACGCCACGACGGGGGCGAAGAGCGGUUGGGUGAUGUGCCGUCGCCGGGGUGGGUGGCUCGCGACGGCAUCAUCUUGGUAG